GUCCAAAAGAAAUCAGGUCAUUCUCUAUUGUAUUUAAAAACUUUUAAAUUCAAAUCGGUCAAUUCAAUGUUAAAGAAACAAGCAACUGUUAUAGGAGCAGGAAUUUCGGGACUAACAACUGCAGUCUUGUUGCAAGGGGAAUAUGAGGUUACAAUUGUAUCAAAAAACUUUCCGGGAGAAUUAAGAGGCGAAUAUGCUAGCCCAUUGGCUGGCGCCCACUGGAGAAGUGAUGCAAAAUCUGGAGACACUCGGCAACAAGAUUUUGAUAGAAAGACUUUUAACCACUUUUGGGAUAUAGCCCAUACCAAAUCAUAUGAAGCUGGAAUAAUGGUUGUAGACGGUUUUGACUAUUGGGAUAAACAACCUCCAUUAGGGUGGGAAGAACCAUGGUUCAAAGAUUUAUGUCCAGAAUAUCGGCAUUUAACAAAGGAAGAAUUGCCAGUUGACGUUGAAUUUGGAAUUACAUAUAAGACAAUCACAAUUAAUCCACCUAAAUAUCUUUCUUAUCUCUUAAAACGCUUUUACUCUCUUGGGGGAAUCACUAAACGCACCUCUUUGUCUCAUAUCAAAGAGGCGAUCUUUCAUAAUACUGAUGUCGUAGUAAAUUGUUCGGGACUCGGUUCAAGAACUUUAGGGGGUGUCCAAGAUAAAGAUAUUUAUCCAGCGAGCGGACAAACAGUAUUGGUUCAAUUGCCCGUUGGCCACGUAAAUUGGACAUUUGGACGAUAUGCAGCCGGAAGGACUGAGGGUGACAUGCAUAGAAAAAAUGAAAUUAUCACCUAUGUAAUACCGCGGGAUAAUGGAGAAGUGAUACUUGGUGGAACUUAUGGUCAACACGACUAUUCUACUACACCUGAUGCGAAGAUUGCGGAUGCAAUUAUCUCACGAUGCCUUUCUACAC